GCGGGACGAUGUCUGGGGAACUGCCAUUGCACAUCAACAUCGAGGAACCUCGAUGGGAUCAGAGCACGUUUGUGGGGCGAGCCAGUCACUUCUUCACCGUGACGGAUCCCAGGAAUGUCCUGUUAACGGAUGAGCAACUAGAGAACGCAAAGAGAAUAGUCCAUGAUUACAGACAAGGAGUUGUCCCUCCGGGUCUUACAGAGAACGAGCUGUGGAGAGCCAAGUACGUGUACGAGUCUGCCUUCCACCCUGACACCGGGGAGAAGAUGAUCCUGAUCGGGCGGAUGUCGGCCCAGGUGCCCAUGAACAUGACCAUCACUGGGUGCAUGAUGACCUUCUACAGGACCACACCAGCUGUCCUGUUCUGGCAGUGGAUCAACCAGUCCUUCAACGCCAUCGUCAAUUACACCAACAGAAGUGGAGAUGCCCCUCUCACUAUGAGUGAGUUGGGAACAGCUUACGUUUCUGCAACCACGGGGGCUGUGGCCACAGCACUGGGGCUGAACGCGCUGACCAAGCACGUGUCGCCACUCAUAGGACGCUUCGUGCCCUUUGCUGCCGUGGCUGCUGCCAAUUGUAUUAACAUCCCGCUGAUGCGUCAAAGGGAGCUCAAAGCUGGCAUUCCAGUCACCGAUGACAACGGGAACCGCUUGGGCGAGUCAGCGAACGCGGCACAGCAGGCCAUCUCCCAGGUGGUCGUCUCCAGGAUUCUCAUGGCGGCCCCCGGCAUGGCCAUCCCUCCGUUUAUCAUGAACACUCUGGAGAAGAAGGCCUUCCUGAAGAUUGAAACUGAAGCUGUAACUGGGACGUCUCGGCCCACGACCAGUGUCCUUCCUGGAUUGCGCGCUGUGCCAUGCGGGGUGAGCACCACUUUGAUCCACCUCAGUUUCCCAGUUCUUAGACGAGUAGGGUAUGUUGUGUUGGGAAGCUGGUGUGGCUGGACCUGCCUGGAGCAGUGGCCUAGGUCCUCACUAUGAGGGCAGGUGUGCUGUGGUGAACACGGCAGGUCCCAUGGGGUGAGCUCUUCUGAGUCUUAGCAGCAAACCUGUAACUGCAAGGGCCACUGUGAAGCUCUGGAGAGAGGCCACCGCUCACAGACCAAACCUCCCGUGUGAGGUCAGGGGCGUGUUCCUGGAUCUCACUCUGGGGGUCCCAGUGGGGAAACUGAGGGAAGCAGUAGGUGAGCACUUUCUCUUCAAGUCCAUGCUUUGAAAAAUAAGCCAAGAAAAUAAUGCUGUGGAAAAACAGUGCUAGUGAGCACCUCACUUGACAGACACUCCCAGACCAUUGCCCAUGGAUGCCCCGAACCCACGUCUGGGAACCCCUCCCCAGCACUCCUCUCCUGUUCCUGAGAGCCUUGGAGACAUGGAGCAUCGUGGUCCCCACACUGUAGUUUGUGGAACCGCUAGCCCUAGCAGUCUUACGUAAUAGCGUGCACGGUGCCACAGAGAACAGUCGCUCUGCAGUGACGAACUGUCUCUGCUCCUUGUACGGCUCCCAGAGGAAGUCCACAGACCCUGCACUGCCCCAGGAAGCAGACCGGCAAAAAUCCGAGCCCCAUCCGUCUCCUUUGUAGGUUUCUGACAACCUUAAUCACUAGAUGAACAGGAAUACCAACAGCUCCACCUAUACUCAAGCAGCAAUCUCCUGAAACAGCAGUCACCUGUCUCUGGUGUUAUUUUCCAUGAUUUUAGCUACCUGUAGUCAACUGUGGUCCAAAAACACUAAAUGGAAAAUUCCAGAUAUAAACAACUCAUGAGUUAUAAGUUGUACGCCCUUCUGGGCAGUGUCAGCCCUGGGUCCAGCAUAUCCACUCUGCUCCCACGACCCGCCCAGUAACCUCAGCAGCCAUCUUGGUCAUUAAAUCAACAGUCAUGGUACCACAGUGCUUGUGUUAAGUAACCCCUAAUUUGCUUAAUGGCCCUGAAGCACAGAGCAGUGACUCUGGCCACUGGAUCACAGUGUAUUGUUAUGUGGUUGUUCUAUUUUGUUAUUAGUUAUCACUGUCGAUCUCUUAAUGUGCCUAACUCAGAAAUCAGACUGCCCCAUGGGUGUGUCUGAACUGUCCCACAGGAGAAGCGAGCAUGUGGUGUGUGGGGUUCCAUCCCACCCAACAUUGCAGGCGCCCACUGGGGUCAGGAGGGUCCCUGUGGAUAAGAGGGACUGUGUGCACACCAGAUUGUAACUGUGGGCUCAUUUCACAUUCUUCUUUGACAAAUUUGUAUUUUGAAGAUUCAUAAAAAAGUUUUGCUGAAAUCUCUUUCUGGUGCCAAGAUUGGGAAUGAUUAAUGGUUUAAAGCUCCCAAAGGAUUCAUUUAUAGGCUAGGGCAACACUUGUCUAAGCACUACCCAUGAUAUGGUCAGCUGGAAUCCAUCAGGUUUGACAUCCUCAUGAUUUAAGAAACCUGAGAAAACGUCCAUCUGACCAUCUCUGCUUGACUUAGAAGAGGUGGUUCAGACUUCGGGGGAGAAAAAGUUUUAAAAUGAACGCAAACCAGGGACAUCGAUAUGGUUUUUCAAACAGUAGAGUAACAGCUGCUGCAUCCGAUGGUCACCCCUCUGAUGCCCUGGGUUGUUGUCUGCUCUCUGGAUCCUGGAAGUCCCUAGGUCUGCAGUAUGCGGACCCAAGCAACUUUUGAUCCCUUAACUCAUCAGUAUCGACAUGGAUGACUUUAGAAGCAGCAGGGAAUCAAAAGGCACACUUAAUAAAGCAGAUUUCUUCUCCUGCCACAUUUAAGAGAAAUCACACUUUGCAAGCAAGACAGAUUUCCAGCUGUGUGAAAAACUUGGGAAUUGCCAUCUUGUUUUGUUUGUGUGGCAUUAAAGUAACAGCUUUUGCAAGACCAGAGUGGGAAAGGUGGUUUAACCAGUACUCUUACCAGGCCACCAUCCUCAAGAGUUUUGCAGGUGACGUGGAAGUCAGUUUGGAGGUCACCUUCCGUGGCAGCAUCCUCAGCAUGUAAGCUUUUCCUGCCCCUUUGUCUCAGCCUCUCAAAUGCCCCCAACAUCCAGUUGGCAGGGCACCUUAAUAGGUUGGCUGUGGAGUCGAGGCUGAGAAUCUUAUUAGCUGCCACCACCAGCGGGUCAUUAUUCGGCCGAGUUUGGCUCCAGCCAGUGGACCCUAAGUAUCCUCUAGCCGCUGACGUGUGCCUGGCCAUGGCUGGAAGUCCAGAAGUUCUAUGGGUCUGCAUUUCUGGCCACACUGACGCUCAACAGCUAGUCCCUGGGGAGACUCGCUUCCUCCUCCCACCUGAGGUGGGAGUCACUGUGGCUACGUCCUGGUGUUUUCUCACGUGGGAGGACCUACCAAAUGACACCUGCAUCCCAGGCCACUGUGGCCACACUGUUCAAUCCUUUGCAAAAUUAGAAAGAUGAAUAAAUACUGUUCUCCCUA